AUGGCAGAGGGAUAUUGCACCUGUCUCGCCGACGAUGACAACGCAACGACGAAGUUCAAGCGCACUGAGGCAUUGCGUGUGAAGCUGCAGAACUGGUUGUACGAGCGCACUGUCAAGGGCAACCGAACUGUGGCAAAGGACGUGCUCGGCUUCUUCUGCUCCUCCGGUGUGCUGCCGAUGUACUCUGAUCCCACUUCGAAAGCGAACGCCCUGAGAGCUGUGCAACGAUACCUGGAGUCCCUUGGCUACGAGAGAGGUCAGCGAGGCGGUUGCACCACCUACAUGGAGAAGGAGGAGGUGCUGAUCAAACGAGACGCGUACAUCACCCAGAUGAUCAAGGCCCGACAGCAGCGGCGACGCAUUGUCUACCUCGACGAGAGCUACAUACACCACCACUACCGCCGGCAUGAUGAGUCGCUGUACGACCCCGGUGAUAACCGCCUGCUCCCCAAGCAAAAGCACAAAGGCCGGCGCUUCUGUUUCAUCGCGGCAAUCAUCUCAAGCGACCCUGCAGUACCAGAAGCAGAGCGAUCCGAGGAACAUCGUGCACAGCUGUUACCCGAGACGCUGGACAUCUUUGAGGGGGGCAAGAAGCAGAGUGGCAAGGCGCAGACCAAAGACUACCAUGGCAUGUUUGACAGUGCGUACUUUGAGCGCUGGAUGCAGACGCUGCUCGCCACGCUCGACGCCCGUGGCAUCAAAAACACCAUCAUUGUCAUGGACAACGCCAAGUACCACAAGUCACUCCCAGCGGACACGCCCAAGCAAUCAUGGAAGAAGGCAGCCAUGGUCGAGGCCUGCACGGCGCGCGGCCUGCCAGUAUCCGACACCGACACUCGGGCCUUGCUGUGGGCCAGGCUGCGCGACCACAUUGCACAAACAGUCAAGCCCGUCGUCGUGCAAAUGGCAGAGGACGCUGGGCACGAGGUGCUGUGGACACCGCCGCAUUACUCCGACCUUCAGCCCAUCGAGAUUGUUUGGGCAAACGUGAAAGGAGACGUUGGUCGACAGUACAACUACGACACAACGUUCAAGGACGUGCGCCAGCGGUUGGACGAGGCGUUUGCAACCCUGACACCGAAGACAGUUGAGGGAUGCAUUGCAAAAGCAAAUGCUCGGCUGGAUGAGCUUUACAGGCAGAUCACGAGCCUCGAUGAGGUGGAUGAGGAGGCAAUCGAUGAUGGGGUGUUCGAUGACGAGCAGUGUGAUGAUGAUGAUGAGAAUAUGGAAGAGGUCGAUGUUGUGAACGAGGACAAAGACAAGGACAGUGACGAGGACAGUGACGAGGACGACGAUGAGGGUGAACAUGAAGACGAGGAUUAG